AUGUCCGAGGAUCCGCCAAGGAAGCGCUCACGCUUCGAUCAAACGGAGCCGCGUAAAGAGUCGCGAUUCGAUCGUCGUUCGCGGUCGCCGUCUGGUCGGCGCAGCGAGACUCGACGAAGUCGAAGCCCUGUCGCAUCGCGCAGUCCACCUGACCAGGACAGCAAGGGCGGCGCUCUAGAUGCUGCUGCUCGAGCCGCUGCUGCGGCUGCGAGAAUCAAUGCGGAUCUUCAAGCGCGCAAGGGCAUCCAACAUGUCGAUGUACCACCUAUUCGCGCGACCUCGAGUCCAUUGUCCGCCGCAACACCAAAGGUGUCCUCUGGACAGAGCAUAGCCAAAGUCGAUGGAGAGAUCUACAUCGCAGACGGUGACUACAUCAAAGAUAUUGAAGUCAAUGAUCUCCGCAAUCGCUACACACUGACCAAAGGCUCAACGCAAAAGGAGAUCAAAGAUGAGACUGGCGCUGAUGUCACUACCAGGGGAGAAUAUUAUCCGGACAAGAGCUUGGCUACUGCUGCUAAACCACCACUCUAUCUUCAUAUCACAAGCACAUCGAAGGCUGGAUUAGAAAAAGCCAUUGCCAAGAUCGAAGAACUCAUGAAGCAAGAGCUUCCCAAUCUGGUCGACGAACGACGCUUCCGACGUCGUGAUCAGGACACCGUGGAGCGAGAUGAGUUUGGUCGGCGUAAAUGGCCCGAAGAGCGCAUCAUACUCGACAUGGAGAACAUCCCAGGCUUCAACCUGCGUGCACAAGUUGUAGGCCAGAGUGGUGCAUAUGUCAAGCAUAUCCAGACAGAGACGGGCUGCCGUGUCCAGAUCAAAGGCAGAGGCUCAGGAUUCAUGGAACACUCAACAGGCCAGGAGUCCGAUGAGCCCAUGUAUCUGCACGUUGCCGGUCCUCAGCCUGAAAUGGUCAAGAAGGCCAAAGAACUGUGCGAAGAUCUUCUCAAGAGCGUUCGCGCGAACUAUCAGCGCUUCAAGGAUAAUCCACCACCGCAACGCCCGGAGACUUACACCGAUGGGUACGGCGCUGAUGCGCAGCGAGGCUCUUAUGGUGGCUAUGGUCGAUCCAGCUCUCACCACUCUGGCUCCUACAACUCCGGCUCCUACAAUUCUCCUUAUAACCCAAACAAUCCAGGACUGGCCCCCGGGACGAGCACCACACCCGUGGCGCCAGCACCGUCAGCAUCCCCAACCAAUGCCUUACCUCAGAUGCCUGACCAGGCCACUAUCGACUACUACACUCAGUACUAUGCCAGCCAACCCGGAGGCGAUCCAUAUGCGGCGUACGGCGGCUACGGCAGCUAUCUGCAGCAGUACUAUUCCUACUACCAGCAAUCGCAACCGCAGGUUCCUGGCCCGCCUGCCUCAGGCUACGAUCAACCGCCACCGCCUCCACCACCUGGCGCAUGA